GGCUCUGUGGAGCAACAGAUAGCAGAGCAGCAGUCAGAAGAAGAGAAGAAGAGGAGAAGAAAGGAGGACAUUUGCUCUUCUCUCCAUCCCUCCAUCUCUUGCUACACUUCUAUCUCCUCCCCCCCCAUCUGAACACGGGGAUCCCACAACUUUGAGGCUUUCCCCUCUUCCUCCUCCUCCUCCUCCCCACCUCCUCCUUCUUGCGCACGCUGCAUUUGCUUUGCUCCGGAGCUUUAGCGCACGCCUUUGCGACUGGAAAACGGAGACAGAGGGACACCGCAGGCGGGAGACACCGGACGGGACUGCGGAGAUGCGGGGCUUACUCCCUGCGUCCUCCGCCUCUCAUCACCAACAUCACCGCCGCGGACACACGGAUUUAAUGAUUUCGUCGUGCGAGUGUGCACGCGCGCGUGCAUGUGUCCGUGCGGUGCACAGAUGGAGCUGUGCGCUCCGAGUGUGAGCGCUGCAGACCGAGUGGCCGCUCUCCUCCCGGACACCUGCUGCUGCUGCAGCGCCGCGCUGAUGUGAGGAUGAAGAAAGUCCAAAGCUCCGCCAACAUGUGACGUUUUUCUUUGCCUCAAGGGAACUACAAAGGGGUCAAGCGCCAAAAAGAGAGGGUGUUGUAGGAGUGUGACCCCCCUCCCUCCUCCCCCUCCUCCUCUUCUGCUUCAGAGUGAAUCCAGGAUGGGUCCAGUUUGGCUCCUUGUUCUGCUCCCAUCCCUCCUCAGAGCGCAGGUGACUCCAGACUUCACAUCAGGAGUCACUGUGGAGACAAACAACAGCACUGACUCUUCAACAAACAGCACAGGAACCUCAGAUGUCUCCACCAGCCUCUCCACUUCCUUCAGACCCUCGGAGCCUUCUGGGUUUACAGUGACGCCUUCAGAAGCUCCCACACAGGAGGAAGAUGACUGGUCACCAGCAGAGACCUUCCUGUACACUGGAGACCCUUCCACUCUGGAGACGGCCCGCUGCUCACGGGCGUACAGCUCGCCGGGGCAGCCCGGAUCCCUGCCCGUCAGCUUUAGUGCCCCCCUCCGGCCAGCUCAGAAUGCGCUGGCCAGCACCGCCAACUUCCUCAAUAUGAUCUUCCAGGCCAGUGACCUGCGGGAGAGCACAGUGCAGGAGGACAUGGAGUGGUACCAUGCUCUGGUCCGCGCCCUCCUGGAGGCCGACCUGCUCAUCCGGCGGGCCCUGCUGACCUUCGACGCUGACCCGACAUCCCCAGUGCCACAGCUGGUGCUCUGUGCCUCCCGCAACCCGACAGCCAAGGUGCAGACCAUCAUCCUCCAGGACUUAUCCAAGUCGUGGGGGAGCCUGCACCCGCCUGCCCCAGCCCCCGACGACAGCUGGUUCAGAAGCUUUAAAUUCCCAGAGUCCAACCAGCCGAUGGCGGCCCUGUCCAAGAGGGUGCUCCUCAAUGACCUGAGCACCUUGGACACACCCAAGUGGAGGCAGGGUGACAGCUACGUGACCAAUCACAGCGGUGUGCGCUGGGGCAGCGCCCCUUUCCUCGACUGCAGGGAUGGACGCUUCGUUCCCAACUGGAUGCUCACCCUGUCAGCAUCUUUCUACGGCCUCAAGCCUGACCUGACACCAGAGUUCAGAGGUGUGAUCCGUGUGGAUGUCAACAUUCAAGACAUCGACUUGGACCAGUGUGCAACAGGAGACAGCUGGUUUGCUGAUACCCACCAGUGCAACCGAACCACCAUGGAGUGCGUACCAACUCCAGGCCAGGGCUUUCGACUGGGUCAGUACUGCUGCCGCUGUAAAGAGGGUUACUACAACCCUGAGAUAGCCCCUCGGGACUCAGGUGUCGAUGCAGAUGGCGGCCCUGUGAACGCGAGUGAUGACGGCGGCGGCGGUGUGUGCUACCCGAACAUGCCCAUCUGUCUCCCGUGCUGGCCGGGCUGUAAGAGCUGCCAGGACAGUACCCCCUGCUGGGUGCAAGAGGCCUGGCUUCUCAGGGGCGCCGUGCUGGCCGUCCAGGGCGUCUUCAUGCUCCUCAUCUUCGUCAGCAUGCUGGUGGCCUACAGGCAUCGUAGAAACCGGAGGAUCCGGGCGUCCGGUCUCCUGCUGCUGGAGACGAUCCUGUUCGGCUCUCUGCUCCUCUACUUCCCGGUGUUCAUCAUGUACUUCAAGCCGAGUACAUUCAGGUGUAUUCUGCUCCGCUGGGUCCGAAUGCUCGGCUUCUCCAUCGUCUACGGGACUGUCACACUGAAAAUGUACAGGGUCCUGAAGGUGUUCCUCUCGCGCACGGCCCAGAGGGUGCCCUACAUGUCCAGCCUCCACUUGCUGAGGAUCCUGGGAGUGAUGCUGAUGACGGUCAGCUGGUUCCUGUGUGCGUGGACGGUCGGCGUCCUGCAGAACCGCGACAGGAACAUCCCGGUGUUCAUCACAACCAACACGUCGGACGGUCAGGGGUUCAACCUGUGUUACCUGGACCGCUGGGACUACAUGAUGGCUGUGGCUGAGCUUCUGUUCCUGUGCUGGGGCAGCUCCCUCUGGACCGCCGUCAGGCCGGUCCCCUCAGCCUUCCACGAGCCUCGCUACAUGGGCAUCGCCAUCCACAACGAGCUGCUCCUCUCCUCCAUGUUUCACCUGCUCAGGUUCACCUUUCCCUCUCUUCAUCCUGAUUGGAUGUUGUUGCUCUCCUUCACGCACACCCAUGUGACCAUCACUGUGACGCUCGCCCUGCUCUUCAUUCCAAAGUUUCUCUAUGUGUCUAAGCCGGGGAGAGAGGAGAUUGCAGCAGAGGUAUAUGAAGAUGAAGUGGACCUGCGGCGCUCCGGCUCGUACCUCAACAGCAGUUUUCACUCUGCUUGGAGUGAGCACAGUGGAGUGGACCCGGAUGACUUUCGGGAUGAAUUGAAGAAGUUAUAUGCCCAGUUAGAAGUCCACAAGACCAAGAAGAUGACAGCAAACAACCCUCAUCUGUCAAAGAAGCGAAGUUCCCGAUGUGCGUUGGGGAGAUCCAUUAUUAAACGCAUUGCUGAGAUCCCAGAAAGCAUGAGCCGGCAGUGCAGCCGCGAGGAAAGAGAUGGAUCCUUCCACAGUAGAAUCAGUGUGAAUCGGCCCGACUCUUUUAGGAGGGGCCCAGAUACUGUCAGUAUCAGUUACAAAAGUUCGAUGAAAUCAUCAUCACCGUCACCGUCCAUGCGCAAGUCCCAAAGUGAUCAUCACUAUGUCAGGGAAAGAGACCCAUCCUUACGUGACUCCAUGUUAAAGGCCAACGCUGUGAAAAGGUCAUCACGGCGAUCUGAGACAGACUCCUUGGAUAUUCCACCAGGGGUCUGCAAGUCAGCCAGUGCACAAAAUCUUACAAUUGAUACCAAUCUCCUGCAUCCUGAUCACACCAGGCUUCAUAAGUCCUGGAGUUUAACUUCCACAACUGCUCAUUCAAUGGAGAACAUAGCCAAGGUGAACAGAGCCAGCACAGUGCUGACGAGGUCUAGGCAGAGCAUGUCAAUUAGUGACCAGACCAGGAGUGCUCUCCAGUCAGAGUCAUAUGACAAGGCUGAGGUCUGUCCUUGGGAGGUGGAACCAGAACAAUCAGGGGACAAGAACCAGAAGCAUGUCACCUAUGCCAACACUGAGGAUUGUGAGAUAAAAGGGCCACCAUCUCCAGAGGUGCUUAUCUGUCCCUGGGACCAUAUACCAUCUGUCGAAAAGAAUCCUUCAGUGGAUAAGGGAAUAGGUGAAACUGAGUCCCCCAAACCACAAGCCCCUGUGUCUGCAAGUGCACCGGGCACUCCUAGACCAAAGUUCACAAAAGAUCAACGUGUCUUCUCCUUCCGCACCACCACCACUAAGUGGCUCUCUGUGAAAUCAGUGAUGGGAUCUAUGGACGCAGGGAGCAGAUCCAGUAAGGAGGGAAAUUUAAACAAAGAGGAUGCCGUUUCACAAAAAAGUCAGGAAAGUGUUUCCACAACACCAAGAUCAGGAACAUCUAGUAGACGUCCAAGCAUGGAAAAGAGGUCACUGCAGAAAAGAAGUAAGACAGUAGAUAAACCAUGCCUUGUGAAGCAGAAUGCCAUCAGACUGUCCUCUGGGGAUUCUGGGGAGAGAAGCCCAAGAAGGCUCGUGAUUGUAAAAUCUGCCGUCUACCCUUGGGACAUGGAUGAUAUGCAAAAAGAUGGCACCUAUGAAAAUGUGUUUUUAUCAAGGCAGAACAGCAAACGUGGUAGUAUCACUUCUUGGGAAACUGCCAGCAGCUGUAGAACUCCUUCAACUCACAGAAGAGGUAGCAAUCGAAUCACACCAGUCCGCAAUAUUUCCCAAACAGAUGUAUGUCCAUGGGAUGGAGCUGGUACUUCCCACGAAGGAGAGGGACUAAAGAAGCAGCAGAGCGUUAAAGCAGAUGUCUGCCCUUGGGAAUCACAGGUAUCAGAACCAUCUAAUGUAUGUCCCUGGGAAUCUCAAGGGCAAGGUAAUGUGAGAAGACAAGGAAGUGGCCGUGGUGAAGCGUGUCCUUGGGAAACACAGGAUAUUCCUGUUAUUUGUUACACUAAUACAUCCACAGAUUCACAGGCACAACUGUCUUUAAAACAUACAGCAAAUGUAUGUCCCUGGGAGACUGCAGAAAGUCCCCAACCUUCAAUAAGGCAAGGUAACGAAUAUGCUAAUGUUUGUCCUUGGGAUGCUCAGGACAAGGCUGAAGUUGUAUAUGAAAACCUAAAUCCUUUGGAAGCUAAGGGAUCACUGUCGGUGCCUAUUCGACAAGAAGUUUUGAAGCCUGCUAUCUAUCCUGGUGCAUCAAAAGAAAGUUCACCAAAAUCACCUGCCCUGCAUAUAGGUAGACAAGUGACCAAGGCAGCAGAAAGUUGUCCAUGGGAUUUCCCUGAUCCCCCUAAAAACGUGGGGAAUAUUUGCCCAUGGGAAGAAGAGAACACUGAGCCAACAAAUACAGGCUCAAGUACACAAAUGACCAUCAAGAUAGAUAUUUGUCCCUGGGAAACUGGAGAAUCAGACAAACCAGAAGACUCGCAAAAAGGUGUCUCAACUCUGAAAGCUGCUUCCGCAGAGACUGAUGGGAAAGAUGACAGAAAAGGAAACGUAUGUCCCUGGGAAAUGGACCAGCCUGAAAAAACUGCAGUUACCAAGAUGGUAUCACAAGGACUGGAAAGGCCGGCAGAUGUUUGUCCAUGGGAUAGUGCCGAACCAGAGUUGGGAAAGCCACAAGUCCCUAAAACAUCAGAGAGUCAUGUAAAGCAAGACACAGCUCGCACAAAUGUUUGUCCAUGGGAUACAGAGGAUGCAGGGGCAGUCAAAACUGAAGUAUCAAACGCAUCAGAGAGGCUACAAAGACAAGGAAAUUCACGGGAAGACGUUUGCCCUUGGGACACAGAGGCCCCAAAAGUUCUGACAAAGCAAGACAGCGCUCGGGCAGAUGUUUGUCCAUGGGAAACAGAAGAGACAAAAGUUUUAAAAAAGCAAGAUAGCGCUCUUGGAGAUGUUUGUCCAUGGGAAACAGAAGAGCCGAAAGUUUUAAAAAAGCAAGAUAGCGCUCGUGGAGAUGUUUGUCCAUGGGAGACAGAAGAGCCGAAAGUUUUAAAAAAGCAAGAUAGCGCACGGGAAGAGGUUUGUCCUUGGGAUUCAGAUGAGCCAAAGGUUUUCAGAAAGCAAGAUAGUGCACGUGCAGGUGUUUGUCCAUGGGAGACAGGUGAGCCAGGAGAUGUCAAAAAGCAGGAUAGUGCACGGGGAAGUGUUUGUCCAUGGGAGACUGAUGAACCAGAAGUUGUCAAAAAGCAGGAUAGUGCACGGGGAAACGUUUGUCCAUGGGAGACUGAUGAACCAGAAGUUGUCAAAAAGCAAGAUAGCACUGAAACAGAUGUUUGUCCCUGGGAAUCUAAGGAUCCACAAACCUCAACUGAAAAAGUUCAUAUUCCCUACAGUGACCAAGAUGAUGUCACAGCAAACCAGGGUCCAUGCAGUGAAGAAGAGAUUCCAGCAGAUAUCGGCACAGAGCACGGGUCUAAAGAAAACUUAGCCCUGGGCCGACGGGAUGCUUUGUGUCCCUGGGAGAUGGUAAGGAGCAGAUCUGGUUCAUUCACAGACAAUGCCUCAGAUGUCUUUACAUGGGAGCCUGAGAAUAUUCCUGAGGAAGAUGAGGAGGAUGAUGCAGAAUGUGCUGCUGAGGCUCUUGUAUUCCCGCCUGACUUGUGAUCUAAAUCUAGCCAGCAUUUGCUUUCACUUUUGACCCCUCCCGCUAAAUCAAGGGGAGUGUGAACUCUGUAAAACCAUUUGGGUGGCACCCUGUUGAUGAUCUAGGGGAACUUUGAAGUUUUUAACUUCUCCAGCUCUACAGGGAGGUCAGAGGACAGGGUCUGCUCACGAACAGAAAGCCCUUUCUUGUGGACAUUUACGUGGGCUAAUCAGACAGGACUUAGGGCUGUUAAAUCAGGUUGGACUAUAUUUGGGCCAUGCCGCUGUCUAAUAAAGAAGCCUGUAGUAGACUUGAUGAGCUGAACACAAUAAGUUGUGUAUACCUGACUGAAAAAAAGUUUCUUUAGCUGAAGCACAGACUGCAUUGUGUCCCUCGUGAAACCAGCAAUGAACUACAGACAGACAUUUCUUGGCUGAUGGAAGGGCAUCUAAAGCGUUUAGAUGAAGCCCCUAUUCCUCCUGCUUCUACCCUCCAUUUUUAAUUGAAAUGUUUUUUGUGUCUUUGUAUGUUUUUAGGUGAUUAUACACGUAUUUGCCAUAUUCAUACAGUGUGUUGGACCCAUGAUUGGGGUGAAUAUGUUACAAAGCCUGCACUUGACAAGUCCAGAGUGCGUGCAAACACAGAUAUAGCACAACAGAUGGAACUCUAAGUUUAACCAGCAUCCGCCAGAUAAAUUCAGUUUAAUUUUGUUCUUUUGUGGAAAUUUUAUUUUUGAAGUACAAGUGUUAAGUGUAAAGCAGUGCCGCCAGGACUACAGUGGAUGUCAAAUUACAUUUUUUAUCAAGUAUUUAUGAUUGAUAAAACUAUGCAUACCUGUUUGCUUAAUGAUGAUUUAAUGACUAAACGCCAAUGAUUAAUAUUACGCUCUCACUUUUGAUUCAGUCACAAUAAAGGGAAAAAUAGCAUUCCACCAUUUAAAGAAACAAUGCCAAAAACUGCAUAAAUCACCAUAAACUCGAGACCUACACCCUAAAAACUUUACCCGUUACUGUGGAGUGAAAACUGCAUAAUUGUUUUAUGUCUGGGCAUUCGGAAAGUCUUGUCAGCACAUUUAUGCACUGGAUACCAGUUUAACUAAGAUGGGACAAUGAGAUUAACAUUAAAAACUGUGCUUUCUAAAUGUUUGGUAAUCGCGACGAACAUCAAAUUGGACAGGACAUUUGUGUUGCAGUUAACUUGACCUGCUGCCAACUCUGAAAUUUACCAAAUGUUGUGCAAGUACAGUGCAAGUUGGGGACCUGAAGCCUCAGUUUCAAUAGCAAAUAGGGCUCCCCCAAUUUAGUUGAUCAGUUGCUAGUUAAUGUUUUGGUCAAGGACAUAAGUUUUUGUCAGGGUUCUGUAUGCAGAUGAUAUUUGUCAUUAUAGUCAUAUUUUUCUUGUUCUGUGCAAGAGAUUCCUCUGCAUGACUUCAUUGAUAUGCAGAUGGCCAGUAAUACUAGGCAUAUAAUGAGAUUUUUAAAAUUCAAUUUAUGUUUUAGUCUUUUAAAUAUUAGGUAUCUUCAUUAGCUAGAAAUGUCUUCACAUCAUGAGUGGCCCUACAUUACAAUGUCUGACAUCAGUACUAUUUUAAAGGUCCAGGAUUUAGGGGGAUUUAUUGGCAGAAAUGGGAUACAAGUAUGUUUUCUUAAGUGUAUACUCACUGGAAAAUUAGUAUUGUUGUGUUUUCAUUGCCUUAGAAGAAGCUGUGUGUGUAUCUAAAUAGGAAGCAGGUCAUUGUCGAUGGAGAUCACCAUGUUGCACUGCCAUGUAGCCCAGAACAGACACACCAAACAGUGGUUUUAGAUAGGACCAUUAGCGUUUUCAAGUCAACCACCAUAGUUAGCAGCCCCUCCAAGACAAAGUUGCUUUUUAAAGUGUUUUUUACCAGUUUUAAACACCAGGUCUGUUUGUUUUGGAGAGGAGGAGACCUCGGCAGAUAAUUUAGCUCCUGGGAAAAAAAUUAUAUGGAUCUUAAGUUAUCAGCCAAAACAGGUGAGCACAGAUUAGCAAGUGCUGGGCUAGUGGCCCAUCUCUGAUGAGCCAAACACUGUAGGAGAAACAUGGAUUUGUAACGUGAAACUGCUUUAUUAAGUGUUUUUUUUUUACCAUUUUUAAUCACCUGGUCUGUUUGUUUUGGAGAGGAAGAGACCUCUGCUGAUAAUUUGGCUCCCAGUAAAAACCUCCUGAACAAUGAACACUGAAGGAAUUCUCAUCAGGAGAAGUUGCAACUGCCUGCAAUCUGCACCCUCUCCACUAGAUGCCACUAAAUGCCCCUAAAUCUUACACAGUGGACCUUUAAAGAAUCAUUACUCUACGUUUCAGAUACGGACUGCAACUUUUUCAAAAGCAGUAUUAUGUUUGAAAAGCUUUUGUGGUGAAUAAAACUUACAAUAUUAACAGUUUUCUGUAUUGAUGUAAUUACGUCACACGUCUAUGCCAGCAAUCUGUGAAAUCAGGUGUCAGUUUUUCAGGAUUUCUGCAACAGUGUCAUUUAGUCCCAAACAGCUGCAGUGAUAUUUUUCAUUCAGCGACCCCAUUGUUGAAAUACUGCGCCGAAUUUUUUGUCGAUGGAGUGACCUCGUUUUGUGAGCAUUGUUGCAUGUUAGUGUGUUUUUUGGAUGAGCGUGCUGUAAUUUGUUGUCACGUAUAAAAAGAAAUGUUGUUACACACCCCUUGAUUUGCAUAAAGAAACAGCCUGUGUUCUGUUUUCAAUUUUUGUACGCAAUAUCUUCAAUGAAAGAUUAUUCUGAUAAGAAAACAUCCACUGAA